UUAUUUAAACGCAGCGAAUCUGUAAUUGAUAAUCACUCUUCGACAGGAAACUUAAAAUGGCGACCAAUUUGUUUUUCAAGAGCGUUGCUCUAUCAAUAUUUGUGGUGCUCCUGCCAUCAAGCAUUCAAAAGCCUCUUAAUACAACCACAAAACCCACAAGCUCCAGCAUCGGACUAGGCGUAUGUCAGCUACCCUUAAAACCAGGAUAUUGUAUGGGAUACUUUCCACGGUGGUUCUACAACCACAAGACUAAAAAAUGUCAGCAGUUCAUCUAUGGAGGCUGUAAUGGCAACAGUAAUAACUUCUUGUCCAAAGCUGCUUGUCAUUUGACUUGUCAUGCUGGUAAGCAACAAGGAUUAAAAGUACAUGUUCCCCCCAUAUCAACGUUCAAAUCUACAGUAAAAAUCUUCUCCAAGGAGAGAAGGACAAAAAUAGAUCUUAAACCAAAGAAUUCUGUGCCUCUUUUGCUACCUCCACCACAAAACCAGACGAUAAAGGCAGCUCAGCCAUGCGAAAUUGAAAAGACAAAAGCAAUGGAUUCAAAUCAGAGUGGAAUCUUUGUACCAAAGUGCGAUUUUCAGGGCAACUACGAGACAGUGCAGUGUUGGAAGCCACUUGGUCUCAARGAAUCCUGCUGGUGUGUGGACAAAAAUGGAAGAAAAACUGGUGAAGUUCAAUGGGGGAAAAGUUGCCACAAGACAUCACUUAAAGUUACUUUUGGAUAAAUAAAUAAGGCAGAGUGCAGCUCAACUUGGAAUAUAUUUCCUAAGGCCAUUUACCAUCAUUCAGCACAUUUUUGUACCCACAUAUCUUCAUGGUAUUCAUCAAMCAUAUUUUAGUCCUUUUUAGUGAGUAGAAUAGAAUAUUUGGCUCAAACAUUUAAAAAAUUAUAUGAAAAUACUUAAUAUUAUUAAGUGAGAUGUAUACCUUUUUAUGGUAUGAUAUAUUAGGACAUUUUUGCAUGCUUUCCGUUUAUCUAUUAGGGACCAUUUGUUAUCUAAUGGAGAAAGUAUACUUCUUUAAGUCUCCCCUCCCUGAUUUUCAAGGCCAAACAAUUUAGAAGCCUCUUCCUUAUUGAGAAGAAUUAUUCUCUAAAGCAUAAACUUCCAAGAAUGUUAGAUCCCACAAGCACGUUUUCACCCAUUUUUAUUUCACACUUCCAUGAAUAACAAAUGGUUCUAUAGACUAUGUGACAUAUAUCUUUUUCGUAAGAUAUAUCUAUUGAUAUUUACAAAUAAUCUAAUCAGAUUUUAUCUAGUAUUUAGUCAUCCAUAUAUUAUCAGAUGAUUGUUAGCCGUAUAUUUAGCUUUAUUCAAGCAAGUUAUUGAAAAUCCUUUUUUAACACAAAAUUUUCAAAACCUUUUUGAAMGAUUUUUAGAUAAGUAUAAUAAUGUAUUUUAAAAGCAAUAUUUCCUAUCAAUAUUUUUUCAACAAAUAAGAAAACAUCUCUUAUUCCAAAUGUAUAACUAGUACAUAAAACAACUUAGGGUUAUAAAAAUUAAUAUAUUUUUUCUUAAUUUAAUUUCAGUAAAGUUUUUUUCUUAUGUUAACUUUAACUUUUUUACAUUGAUCCUUUUGUAUCUUAAUAAAUGUCUUUGUUCCUUUUAA